GCCUCCCCUCCUCGGGGCUGGAUGCCCCCACAAGCGCGUCGGCCUCGCAGCGGGACGAACCCGGAGGCCGACCCGGCCCUCGCAGCUGCCCGCCUCCAUACUGCAGUCUUCCCCGCGUGGGGAAAGGAAACCAUCAGAGUCAAUGUUAUGAUGUUGAAAACCAAUGGAGAAUUUCACAAAGGACAGGUUGUUUUUAAUAUCACCUAUGUUAACGGACAGGUAUAUCUAAAUGAUUUUCCUAUGAAAAGCGGGGUUGCCCACAUAACAUGUCGAACAGUAUUAUUGGAGAAUGGAAACUUGGAUAACUUACCAGAUCAGCAGCGCCUGGGAACCGUCAGUGUUCGCAUCAUGGUUCAUGAGUGGCCUUUGGCAUCCAGUUCUGAUUUGCAGCUGAUUGUCAUUCAGGAAGAAGUGACAGAAAUUGAUGGAAAACAGGUAAAAAAAACUCCCAACAUUCUGCUUGUUUUUAAUUUAGGAGUACUGAGACAUUCCAAGUACACUGUCCCUUUGAAAGAGAGCAUGCUGUAUUCUAUCCCAAGGGACAACGACAUGUUAUUUACACUUCCCAACCUCUCAGGAAAAGAUACUCAAGAUCCACUGCAAACUACCAGUCAGUACCUCGUCCGGCAAGUAGAAACUACAGUAGAUGAAGAGACAUUACCUGGCAAGUUACCAGAGACCCCUCUUAGGAUAGAACCUCCAUCUUCUUACAAGGUGAUGUGCCAGUGGGUGGAAGACUUGAGAAAAGGGUUGUGCAGAUUCUGGUUUCGAUCUUUACCCAUCUUCUUUUGUUUGAUGGAAGUCAUUGUAGUUGGAGUUGUUGGAGCAGCUCUUAUUCUCAAAGUCUUAAAGGUGAUUUUCCCUUCUUGUGAAAACAAAGGCGUCCUUCUCCUGGAUCAAGUUGGCUUUCUACCUGUGAUUACCAUCAGCUUGCCUUCAGACCUUCCAGACGGGAAAAAUAAUUUAGAUGAGAAAGCGUGUACUUAAUACUGUGUUUACUUUGGAGUUACUGCUUUUUAAAAACAAAUUUUUAGUUGACCUGAAAUUUGGCACUUGAUCUUAAUACCUUGUUUGUUUCUUACUAAGAAAACUAAGGCAGUUGAUUAAUUGGUAAAGGGACACUCAGGCUGCGGCCCAAAGCUGACUUCCCUGUGCCUCUCUGUAAACAUGCAGCCUUUUCAGAAGCGUCAAAAUAAAACUGCUUUCCACCCUGAGGGCUACCGUCGGUUUCAACUUCUGUGAAGUCACUUUUCCACACCUCGGACAGGAUGCUGGCUGCCUUCACGCCCGUGGAUAAACCAGGUCAGCUACCCUGAAUAGCCAGAUGAUGAAAUUCAGGGUGUCCUGAAGCCUCCAGAUAGCACGCUUCGGAAAAGGACAAAGGAGCAUCACAAACAUGAGCUGUGCCUGCGAGCCUCAACAAAGCUGCCCGACCUGGUUUCAGGUCUCUCGGGCUUGAGUGUGCCUUGCAAGGAAGAUAUCACUACCAGACGUUUGUGUUACUCGAGUAAUUUGACAUUUUAUAUAUGCAAAACAAAAACUAAAAAGGCAGAUUUCCGUUUCAAGCACUUUACACUUUUACAGCCCCUUCCACUCAUAAAAAUUGUUAGCACUUGUACAUGAUGUGCUUUUUGUAUCUGACAGCAGUACUAUGUGAAGUCUCAGAAGAAAAUUCUACGAAAGUACUGGCUUACUAUUGCUAAGUAGGCCCAGCCUGCCCAUGCUGAUUUGUACUGUUCACAUUUUUCAAAUAAACACGUAAAUUGUU